AUGCCGUUGGUGUUACGUGUUAUCACACUCAAUUGUUGGGCUUUGCCACUUCGAUGGCCGUUCGGGAGCAGCGAUUCGCGCUAUCGUAUGGCCAAAAUAGGCGAGGCACUUCUCGAGCAAAAAUACGACGUGGUUUCUCUUGAAGAAGUGUGGAGUGAAGAUGAUUUUAUUCGUUUGCAGGAAAUGCUCAAAGUGGCUUACCCUUUCAGCUAUUACUUUCACAGUGGCUUUACCGGAAGCGGUGUAUGCAUAUUUUGCCGCCAUUCGAUUGUUUCAACGUUAAUGCAUCGUUAUUCUUUGAACGGGUUUGCUCAUCAUAUACACAGGGGUGAUUGGUUUGGCGGAAAAGUGGUUGGAAUGGUGGAAAUCGAAAUUGGGGAAUAUCGCAUCAAUUACUAUGCUACUCAUCUGCAUGCUGAGUAUAAUCGAGCGAAUGACCUGUAUUUGCCUCAUCGUCUUUCGCAAGCUUUCGAAUUAGCUCAAUUUGUCAAACAUACCAGUUUUUCGGCCGAUGUCAUCAUUCUAACAGGUGAUUUUAAUAUCGAACCCGAUGAUCUGGGAUAUUAUCUAAUUGUAAAGACCGCAAAUCUGAAAGAUGCAUGGGUUGAGAAACCGAAUAAAUGCGAUGACUGUGGUGCUACAUGUGAAAGACCGGACAACUGCUACACGCCAGAAUGUGCGAAAGAUGCAGCAUUGCAUGGAAAACGCCUGGAUUACAUUAUGUAUAAAAGUGGCCGAAUGCGAAUGAAUCAAAUUCCUGGCGAAAAACCGAUCAACUACAGCGAUCAUAUUGGUGUAUAUGCGGAAUUUUCCAUAUCUGAUCAGCACCACCCAGUAUUCUUUUGUUUUAAUAUGCUUUUAUUGCAUUUAUGUGGGUGGGGUAUUUGGAAGGGGAGGGGGAAGCGUUGA